ACAUGACGGCAUCCAAGAUUCCUAGCCCAACUUUCGAAGUAGGACCCUCUUUACUCCUUCCUUCGCACACACAAACCCAAUACCCAGUUAGAAACCCUAAUUUCGCCAAACCCUGCUGUAUCGUCUCUUCAAUGGCACCCAAGCGCCCAUCUCCUCUGGAUGAGCCUCCGGCUGCUUCUUCUUCGGAAGAAGAGGUAGCCUCGUCCGAAGAAGAAGUAGACGGAGAAGAAGAGGAAGAAUCCGGAUCCGGGUCCGAAUCCGAGUCCGAGGAACCCGAGCCUCCAAAGGCAGCACCCACUCCUGUUGCUGAGAAGAAACCACCACCGAAGAAACCGGACUCGGCUACUGUCAAUUCAAAGCCGCAGUCUUCAUCCUCUGGCUCAGAGUCCGAGUCCGAAUCCGAUUCGGAAUUGGAUAAGGAUAUGGUGGUAAAGCCGAUAGCUUCGAAGCCAAUGGAAGAGACGCCCAAGACCAAGAAGCCCAGAUCGAAGGCCUCGGCUACUACUACGCCUGCAGCAAGAGCCGGGUCGAAGCGGCCAAGCGAGAGCGACCCCAAGGAUUCCAAGAGGCCCAAGAAGAAGAUCCCAGACCCGGAUCAGGAGCCAGACCAUGCCGGAGAGGAAACGAAGAAGGCAGGUGGAGACGACUCGAAGAAGCUGUUCCAGAGGAUUUGGAGCGAUGAUGAUGAGAUAGCGAUCCUGAAAGGCAUGAUUGCUAAAUAUUUUAACAAUACUAUUAUAAGUUAUUUGAGGUUCUGUAGUGGUAUGCUAAUGACAAUUAAUCAAUUCACUCAUUGA